AUGUCGUCCAUGCGAAAUGCCGUUCAACGGCGCAACCAUAAAGAGCGCGCGCAACCCGUCGAGCGUGAAAAAUGGGGUCUUCUCGAGAAACGGAAAGAUUACAAGCUGCGCGCAGCAGACCACAAGCAGAAGAAGGCUAAACUCAAGAUCCUGAGCGAAAAAGCUCGCGACCGUAAUCCCGAUGAGUUUUCUUUCAAGAUGAUGUCGUCCCAGGUGGACAAGUCGGGGAAAAGGGUGGCGGAUCGAGGCAACAAGGCUUUGAGCAUGGAGGUGGUGAAGCUGUUGAAGACGCAGGAUGCGGGAUAUAUUCGCACUAUGCUGCAGCAGACGCGCAAGGAGAGAGAGGAGGUGGAGCAGAGGCUCAUCAUGGAGGAGCAGGGCGAGGUACGCGCUGUGAGAGACGGAGAGAGAGCGAGGCACGGCAAGCACAGAGUUUUUGUGGACAACGAAGAAGAACAAGAAGAGUUCGAGCCGGACACUUGGUUUGGGCGCGGGGAGGAUAUCCCCGCGCGCAACGAGUCGCCUACUUUCGGAGACCUGCAAGACGAGUCUUCGGAAGACAACGAGCAACCUGUCCAGCGACCGAGCACACUAUCCAAGAAGCAGAUGGAGGCACAAGAACAGGCACGGAAAGAAGCGAGGAAGUUCAGGAAAGACAGAGAGCGUGCACAAGAACGGCACAUGUCAAGGUUACGAGCCCUCAAGAAACGGGAGAGCGAACUCGUAGCCGCAGAAGAAGAGCUAGAGCUCCAGCGCGCAAAGAUGAACAACACAGUCGGAGGCGUCAACAAGAACGGCGUCAAAUUCAAGGUCCGAGAGCGCAAGCGCUGA